AUGAGGGCCGUCUGUGGGAUUGUGCUCAGUGUUCUCCUUUCAACAGCGUCUGAGGAAACUGUGACUCUCUUCUAUGGGGAGGACUUCCACAUUUUGCUGCGCUCUCUGAAUGUGGAGGUGACGUUCCGAAACAGGACAGCCCCGCGCACCCAAACCUCGGACGAGCCUUUGAUGCGCGGAGGGAAGUCUGUGAGCGAGAGGGCCCAGCUGAACAGCCGCCUUAAUUACCUGAUCAUCGAGUCAGUGACGGAGGCGGACGAGGGGCUCUACACUGUGAAAGAUCCAGAGAAACCAGAGGAAGCCAAACACAUUACUCUGAUAGUGAGAGAUUGUUCAAACGAGCAGACGGUUAAGUAUGGAGACAAUUACCAUAUUCCUCUGGACCUGCCCCCUUCUCCUCCUGCUCCCACCCUCACCGUGGAGUACAGGCCCAUCUCUGUGGAAGCCAACCAGACCUCCAAACCGGCCCUGGUGUUGCUGGCCGCCUCAGGGACGCCCAGAGACGGAUACCACGACCGAAUCAUCAUCGGGGAGAAAAUGCUUACGCUCAGAACAGUGACCGGGGCAGACGAGGGCAGCUACACCAUCAGAGGAGCCAAAGGAGAGAUCAUGACCAAGAUGUGUCUCAAUGUGCGAGAGCACCUGCACUUCCUGGAGCUGGCUCAAGGGAAGAGGAUGAAGAUAAACCUGAUUCUGAACAGUUCUCUUGUUCAGCUGUUUUACGUCCGCAGCUCUGACCCCGCACCGCGCAAACAACACCUCCUGCUGGACAAGGGAAACUUGACAAAUACGGAGCCGGAUUUUGAGGGCCGCCUCUCCUUGGAUGGAAAUGUGUUUUAUUUGGACCAGAUCAGAGGUUCAGACGCCGGAGAGUUCAAGGUCAUCGACAUCCUGGGCUUCACUUUGACCACUGUUCAUCUGGAACUGAAACCCUUCAAACUAGAGAAGCUGUACGUAGCCAUCAUCGCGCUGCUUGGGUUCGUGGUGUUCCUGCUCUUGGCCUGCCUCGCGUCAUGUCUGUUCAAAGUGAGGAAGAGGGCGAAGAGGAACGCCGCUCUGGAGAAACUUGCCAAAGAGGACGAGGGUGAGGCCUUCAGACAGGUUGUUAAAAACAUCACCAAAAUGAGCGAAGAGUCCAAGCAUUCUCAGGCAGACAACACGGAGAAAUCACAAAGCACCGAAGUUGACAUUAAGGGUCUGGAGGUGUCAUCCAAAGAGGUGGGCGUGGGUAACCUGGAGACCAGUGACUCUGGGGUGGGCUUUAACACCGCUCUGCCCCUGGACACGGACACAGAUGCGGCCGAUCAGCUCCCCGACUCCGAAGCAGCAAGCAUCACCGAACCCAAGCCAUCUGCCCCGUCUGCUGCUACCUCUAAAGCCCCCCCACCCAGUGCUCCCCCUGCUGCCGAAAUCAAGCCUCCCGCCCCUGUACCUGAAGCUAAAACAAGUCCACAGCCUAAAAGAGCCCCAGAACCACCUGUGGAAGCUAAACUUGAACCACCAAAGUCUCCUGAAAUUAAACUAAGUCCUGCUCCGAGCCCUGAACCCAAAGCUAGCCUGAGUCCAAUCGAUCCAAAAUCAAGUCCCGCCGCAAAAUCUCCCUCUCCCACUCCGGAAACGAAGACCACCCUGGCUCCGACUCCCGAAAAAUCCAAGCCCACUACCCCGGAGCCCAUUACCAACGGGACCGCCGAGCUAGACCACAAAGCGAGCCCGGAUCACGCCGAGGUCAUCGGGGGAACGGCGAAAACAGUUGCCCCCAAAACUCCGGAAGUGGAGCUUAAGUCCAGCGGUGCCGCGGUAGAUGUCAAAGUGGAUUCCAGCAAAGACGCCCCAGUACCCGCUGAGUCCACCACCACCACAAGCAUCUAAAAACUGACAACAAACACUUUCUUUUUUUCUUCAUAGCUUCACUGUAGACAAUCGAGCCCCAGGAACAAAGAGGAGACAACUGAAACUAGGGUGAGGACUACCACUUAUAGCUGUUGCAUUGUAUUACUUAUCGUAGAUAGACGUCAUUCUUAUGUAAAUGUACCACAUGACAUUGGGGACUUUUUGAAUUAACUAAUUGUUAAUACCACAACUAAAUCACCGUGUUAUCUUUAGAGAUUAACUGCCAAACUGCAAACUAAUAUUUUGCAGAGUUUACGACUAAAAAACGUUUCAAAUUAACAUUUUCUAAUAACAACAUAGCUAAUCGUUUACACAAUUUUGCUAAAUUUUUGACUGGGAGGACGUAUUGACCAUAACACACUUAUUAUUCGUACUGUAGUUUGUGGACUAAACAAAGAUCAUAGCAUUUUUUUCAUGUAGACAUUAAAGCCAUAUAGCACUUUUCUGAUGAUGCAACUCACACAACAUCAUCUUAUAGUUUAUAGAAAGCUAUACUAACACUACUAUUUACUACUGCUUAAUACCAGAUUAUUAACCAGAAAGUAUGGCUUGUUAACAUGUAGAAGAUGUCAACUGAUACCAGAAAUGAAGGCAUUUUUCUACCUCAUGUCUCACAUGACCACUGAAAUCAGAUGUACUUUGGUCCAUGAAGGCCUUUGCUAUUCAAGGUUAAUGGACAGAUCAAGCCAUGAGAUAGACGUGUCUAUGUACCACCAGGCAUCUCCAUGUGUAAAUACUAGGGCCUUAGCUUGCAAGUGCUCAAAAAAGCCACACUAAACAACUAAUGACCAAGGAUAUAAGGAAAUAAAAGCUUAAAUUAAAUUAACGUUUGCAAAAGAACCUACUUUAAUCCUCACGUCAUAGUUUGCACACAUGAUGAUUAUCUCCACGUUUUCCUUUUCUGGGAGAUAUUUAGGGUUCACAUAUCAACCCAAAAGAAGUGAUGAUGUCACAAGAAAAUGUGCAAAAAGUCCAAAAGAGGAUUUAAAAAUGGAAAUAAACCCCACAGUGUAACACAAACGGUAGUCGUGUAAAUAGUGCAUGUGUUUGCCAGUCUAACCCUUUAUGACUGAAUGGCUGAGUAUACAGUAUGGUUGUAUAUAAAGUAUUUAUAAUUGAACAUGAAAAUCUACUACAGUAUCUCACCUACGUGUAAUUACACAGCUAAUUAUACAUUGCACACGAAGAUGAACUCAUUUCAGAACCAAAUGUUAUAAAAGCAACAAGCUCAUCUCUUACUUUGUCAGUAUACGUUCAGAUGAGUCAUUAUAAAGUAUCGAGGUGGGCGAUAUCUAGUGUACAAUAUGAAAACAAAAUCUGUCUUUAAAUGUUGCCUCACAAAUUUGGCCUCUAAUCUUUUCAAAAAAAUUGUAUAUUUGAGAUUUCUGCCCUUAUUUUUCAUUUCAUUUUACAUUCAUGCCAUACUAAAAUGCCAGUCAAAUCAUUAUACAUAAUUACAUACAAGUUUUAGCAAAUUUCUGAUGCAUUGCAAAGUUAAAAACAAACAGUGAUAGUCCUUUUUGUCAAUAUCGCCCAACCAGAUACCAUAUAUUUUUCCAUGUAGUUUGAUGCAUUCACAGCAUGCCCAUAGUGCGUCCUGCGUUUCGUCCUGACAGAGGAGUGGUCGUGUAUCGUCAUUGCUGUAAUAAUACUUGGCCCGUGCGUUUCAAAGUGCGUGUGAUCUCCGUGUGUGCGUUAGUCUCCUAUGCUCAUGUUAGCCGCUUGUGCAGAGCUGUAUAUGCUAUGGUUCGAGUAUCCAUGUGCCUGCUUAACGCCUCUCGCUGUGUGAAGUGCUGUGUCGAGUGUGAAUGUGCUAAACCCCACAGUGUCUGCAGUUGUAUUGUGAUUAUGAGGUUUUUGAGUGGUUUAUGUAUUUCUUUUAGUGCCUCAAAUGUUAGAAAGCUCUAUGUCUGUCACUAUAGCAGACGUUACUGGCACCUUUUACCAGGUAGGCUGCAGUUUGCACCUGUUGCUAAAUAAUGUGGUCAAGGAAGGAACAGUUAUGCAAGUUACAAGAAUGAAUUAUAGCAAUGGAAUAUAUUAUAUUAAAUAAGUUAAAAUUGCUAGAAUUGCUGAGAUUCAUCACAACAUCACAACAUUCUAUAUCCCAAUAAUAUUUACUACAGACAGUGUUGGGAAGUAACUGAGUAACUGUAUUCAAGUACAGUUAUUUUUUCAUUUAGUGGUAUUCAGAAUAUAGUUACUUUUCUAAAAUUAGGAGAAUACAUGGCUGUACUUGAUCGCUCCAUUUAGGCUUCAAGCUGCACAUGAUCAAUGACAAAAAUAGAAAACACAGCUCUUGUGGCCAGUGAUAGGAAAUUGACAAGACGAUGAAAGUUGUUUUUAGCCCUAUACCAGGACUGACAAACUCAAAUUCACAGAGGCCAAAAUUAAAAACUGGGACUAAGUUGUGGGCCAAACUAAAUAUUUACUGAAAAAUGUCAACAACAUCUGCAUGUUUUCUCUUCUUUUGAGAUAUGUAAUGUUAAACCUUUUCUUAUAAAAAUGUUUGAUAAUAGUUUUUGCUUAAACAGUGAAUCCAGAACAAGCAUAAUUUAAAAUCAUAACAAAAUUUUAAAUUGUGUCUUUAUAGCCUCUGUUGCCAGUGGGCAGCUCUAAUACAUAUUUGAUAUGAUCUUGCGGGCCAGAUAUAAUCAUAUCGCAGGCCAAAUUUGGCCCCCGGGCCUGAGUCUGACGUGUCUGCCCUAUGUCAUGUUUUUACACUAUAAUUUAAAUGCAACUCGUUGUAAAAGUAUUCUGUAAAAGUAUUCAGAAUACAGUGUUCUGAUUGGCCCAUAUUGGAAUGCGUUACAAAAUACAUUUUAAUGCAGAUGUUCUGUAACUAUCAACUUCCCAACUUUGAAUACAGAUGGGGGCAGCGAAAAUGAAUAUUUUUUGUUGUAAUACAGUGAGUUCUUGGGUGAAGACAAUGAUCAGGUUCAACAAUUGUGGAUUUACCUUUUGAAUAUUUCCCAACAAAGUACAAUGUAAUCAGUCUGGACAUCUGCCUCUUCCCUCCCGAUCUGAGAGUAUGAAAUCAUCACAUUAUAGAUUCUGAAAACCACUAAAUGGGGCAACAGUGGCUUAAUGAUUAAAGCGCUAAUCCACCAACCUGAAAGUUACACUAAGAUCUGUUAUUGUAUCUUUAGGCAAGACACUUCACUUGCCUUGCCUCGUGCGAAUAACUUAUGUUUCAGUUUUUCGUGGUGGUCAAGGGGGCAGACGGUGCAGAUUGGCAACCUUUCUACCGUCAGUCUUUCCCGGGGCAGCUGUGGCUAUAGAAAGAAAGAGU